AUGGGGACCGACUCCCCGGCGACAGGCGCCAGCUGGCGCUCCUCGCGAUACUUCGUCAUCGGCACGAUGUGCAUCGCCCUGUUCGCCGAACUCUUCCUCUACGGCUUCAUCGUGCCCAUCCUGGGCUACAUGUUCGAGCAGCGGCUGCACCGCGCGCCGUCCGAAACGCAGAACCUCACCUCGGCCAUCCUGGCCGUGCACGGCUACGCGUCGGUGCUGGCCGGCCCGCUCAUCGGGCAUUUCGCCGACAAAGCGCCGACCCGCAAGACGCCGCUGGUGCUCUCGCUGGCCGGCUGCAUCGCCGGCACGGUGCUGGUGGCGUGCGCGCGCUCGCUGCCCGCGCUGUUCCUCGGCCGCGUGCUGCAGAGCAUCGCCGGCGCCGUCGUCUGGAUCGUCGGCCUCGCCACCGUCGCCGACGCCGUGCCCCGCGACCGCCUCGGCACCGCCAUGGGCGUCGUCAUGACCUUCGCCAACGCCGGCACCAUCAGCGGGCCCAUGGUGUCCGGCCUGCUGCUCGAGUGGGCCGGCUACUGGGCGACCUGGUCGGUGCCGCUGGUCGUGCUGGGCGUGGAUAUCGUGCUGCGCAUGCUGAUGGUUGAGCGCGUCGCCCCGUCGCCGCCGGCUACACCCUCCGCGGAGACGACCGCCCUCCUCGACCCUCCUCCGCCGGAGACGGAGGCGGCGGGACCAAACUUCUGGACGACAAUCCUCCGGCACCGGCGCGUGGCCGUCGCGUUGGCGGCGCAGGUCACCAACGUGUCGGUGUCGGUCAGCUUCCACGCGACGCUGCCGUUGCACGUGCGGGCGGCGUUUGGCUGGAGCCCCGUGCUGGUGGGCGCGGCGUUUACGUGUCUGACGGUGCCGGGGCUGGUGAUCAGCCCGUUUGCCGGGUGGCUGCGCGACCGGGUGGGCGUGCGGGUGCCGACGACGGUGGCGUUCGUGCUGCAGGGCGUGGUGCUGGUGCUGCUGGGGGCGGCGGGGAAUGAGCGUGUGCCUGGGCUGGGCGGCGUGCGGGCCGGGCCUGCGCUGUAUACGGCGGCGUUGGUGGGGUUUGGGAUUGUGAGGCCGUUUUCGUCGGGGGUUGCGUCGAUUGAGGUUACUGGUGAGUGCGCUGGUGUGUUUUUGGUGGUGGAUGUGGAGGUGCGCUGA